UACACACUCCCUCACUGCCGCGGCCCUCUCUGCUCACACGCACAUGCCUCCCCUCCCCAGGCCGAGGCCCAGCUGACCCCCAGGGCUCCCACGGCAGCGGACAGGGAAGGGUUAAAGGCCCCCAGCUCCCUGCCCCCUGCCCUGGGGAACCCUUGCCCUGUGGGGACAUGAACAGUGUUUGUUGCCUGGUCCUGGUCGCACUAAGCCUGUGGCCAGACAGAGCUGCUGCCCCGGGGCCGCCUCCUGGCCCCCCGCGGGCCUCCCCAGACCCUCGGGCUGAGCUGGACAGCGCCGUCCUGCUGACCCGCUCUCUCCUGGCGGACACGCGGCAGCUGGCCGCACAGCUGAGAGACAAAUUCCCAGCUGACGGAGAUCAUAAUCUGGAUUCCCUCCCCACCUUGGCCAUGAGCGCGGGGGCGCUGGGAGCCCUGCAGCUCCCCGGAGUGCUGACACGGCUGCGAGCAGACCUGUUUUCCUACCUGAGGCACGUGCAGUGGCUGCGCCGGGCAGGAGGCCCUUCUCUGCGGACCCUGGAGCCAGAGCUGGGUACCCUGCAGGCUCGCCUGGACCGGCUGCUGCGCCGGCUGCAGCUCCUGAUGUCCCGUUUGGCCCUGCCCCAGGCGCCCCCAGACCCGCCGGCACCCCCCUUGGCGCCCCCAGCCUCAGCCUGGGGAGGCAUCCGGGCAGCCCACGCCAUCCUUGGGGGGCUGAACCUGACGCUUGACUGGGCCGUGCGGGGCUUGAUGCUGCUGAAGACUCGGCUGUGACCCUCCACCCAGAGCCACCAGCGUCCUUCAAAGCCAGUUCUUAUUUAUUUAUUUAUUUUGGGACUGGGGGGCUGUGGCAGCCAGAAUAUCCCCCCCCCCAACUGUCUCCCUCUAGUGAGAGAUGAUCCCUCCGGGAGACCUGGGCAGGGGGCAUCUGUGCCUUAUUUAUACUUAUUUAUUUAAGGGGGUGGGUGGGAGGCAGGGAGACUUGGGGGUCCCUGAGGAAAAGGGAACUGGGGUCCCAGAUUCCUAAAUCUCUAAGACGUCUGGCCACAGUCUCUCAGACCCCUACUCCUCUGGGCCUGGGCAGGAGCAUAUAUUAUUUAUUAACAAUUACUUUUUGUGUUAGGGUAGGGAGGGAGGGGAGAAGGAGGCCUGGGCUUUUGUACAAAAAUGUGAGAAACCUUUGUGAGAUGGAGAAGGGGGAAUUAAAUUUGUCUUCCACAUCCACUUAGAAGUGAUUUCUCUGGGGCUGAGGGUUGGAUGCUGGGGUCCCUGGGGGGCCUUGGGGGAGCAGGGCAGCAGAGGGGGGACCUGUCAGUCCCCCAGAGACAGUAAGCUCUGAGGGACAAGGUCUGAGCCUCCUCUGGUGGCCAGCACUUUAUAGGCACUCAAUGAAUAUUUCGUGGAAGGUUCCAGAAGGUUACCCUGUGACCCACAGUACCAGAACAGUACAGAACACGGCUGCACGCUCAAGGUUGUUCAUUAUGGCAGUUCUUACUACAGCAAAUCAGAAACAACCUAGGUGCCCAGCGGUGGGGAAUGGUUAUAGAAACGACAGUGUAUCCGUGUGAUCGAGUACACCAGCCGUGAAGAGGGUUGCUAUGGAGGCUGCUUUAGGUGUAGACCGUGCCGGCUACAAACCACAGUGUGAUCAUAUAUGAAUACAUGGACUAUUUGAAAAUCCUGGAAGGAAACACCCUAAAGUGUUGACAAUGGCCACCUCAGGGCAGAAAGGGGGGUGGGAUUGUGGGUGACUUUCUUUAUUUGUGCUUGUCUGUAUUUUCCGGAGUUUUUACAAUGACCGUAUAUGUUGCAUGACACAUUAAAAAAAAACAAGGAACACUGUAUUUGGAAUGAGAGAAUAUCAGCUCUUUGUCCCCAAAAGCCCUCGGACGGGAACAAGAAUGACCAUUCACUGGGCGCCUGCUCUGGGCCAUGCCCUGAGUGGGGG